GUGGCUGCCGCGGCUGCUGCCCGGGUCCCUGCGACUGUGCGUCUGCGUGGGGGCUGCCCUCCGGGCUCCGGGCGCAGGUACCAUGUACGGAUUUGUGAAUCACGCCCUGGAGCUGCUGGUGAUCCGCAACUACGGCCCCGAGGUGUGGGAAGACAUCAAAAAAGAGGCGCAGUUAGAUGAAGAAGGACAGUUUCUUGUCAGAAUAAUAUACGAUGACUCCAAAACCUAUGAUUUGGUUGCUGCCGCAAGCAAAGUCCUCAAUCUCAAUGCUGGAGAGAUCCUCCAAAUGUUUGGGAAGAUGUUUUUCGUAUUUUGUCAAGAAUCUGGUUAUGACACAAUCUUGCGUGUCCUGGGAUCUAACGUGAGAGAAUUUUUACAGAACCUUGAUGCUCUGCACGACCACCUCGCUACCAUCUACCCUGGGAUGCGGGCACCUUCCUUUAGGUGCACGGAUGCGGACAAGGGCAGAGGACUCAUCCUGCACUACUACUCCGAGAGAGAGGGGCUUCAGGAUAUCGUCAUCGGGAUCAUCAAAACCGUAGCUCAGCAAAUACACGGCACCGAAAUAGACAUGAAGGUUAUUCAGCAAAGAAAUGAAGAGUGUGAUCAUACUCAAUUUCUAAUUGAAGAAAAAGAGUCAAAAGAAGAGGAUUUCUAUGAAGACCUGGACAGAUUUGAAGAAAAUGGUACCCAGGAAUCACGCAUCAGCCCAUAUACCUUCUGCAAAGCUUUUCCUUUUCACAUAAUAUUUGACCGGGACCUAGUGGUCACUCAGUGUGGCAAUGCCAUUUACAGAGUGCUCCCCCAGCUCCAGCCUGGGAAUUGCAGCCUUUUGUCCGUCUUCUCUCUGGUUCGCCCUCAUAUUGAUAUCAGUUUCCAUGGGAUCCUUUCACACAUCAAUACAGUUUUUGUGCUAAGAAGCAAGGAAGGAUUGUUGGAUGUAGAGAAAUUAGAAUGUGAGGAUGAACUGACUGGGGCUGAGAUCAGCUGCCUACGUCUCAAGGGUCAAAUGAUCUACUUACCUGAGGCAGAUAGCAUACUUUUCCUGUGCUCACCAAGCGUGAUGAACCUGGACGAUUUGACAAGGCGAGGUCUGUACCUCAGUGACAUCCCUCUGCACGAUGCCACACGUGACCUGGUUCUUUUGGGAGAACAAUUCCGAGAGGAGUACAAACUGACACAGGAGCUGGAGAUCCUCACAGACCGGCUGCAGCUCACCUUAAGAGCCCUGGAAGACGAAAAGAAAAAGACAGACACAUUGCUGUAUUCUGUUCUUCCCCCAUCCGUUGCCAAUGAGCUGAGACAUAAGCGUCCAGUGCCUGCCAAAAGAUAUGACAACGUGACCAUCCUCUUCAGUGGCAUCGUGGGCUUCAAUGCUUUCUGUAGCAAGCACGCGUCUGGAGAAGGGGCCAUGAAGAUUGUGAACCUCCUCAACGACCUCUACACCAGAUUUGACACGCUGACUGAUUCGCGGAAAAACCCAUUUGUUUAUAAGGUGGAGACUGUUGGUGAUAAGUAUAUGACGGUGAGUGGCUUACCAGAGCCAUGCAUCCACCAUGCAAGAUCCAUUUGCCACCUGGCCUUGGACAUGAUGGAAAUUGCUGGCCAGGUUCAAGUCGAUGGGGAAUCUGUUCAGAUAACAAUAGGGAUACAUACUGGAGAGGUAGUGACAGGUGUCAUAGGACAGCGGAUGCCUCGCUACUGUCUUUUUGGAAAUACCGUCAACCUCACAAGCAGGACAGAAACCACAGGAGAAAAAGGGAAGAUAAAUGUGUCUGAGUAUACAUACAGAUGCCUCAUGUCUCCAGAAAACUCCGACCCACAGUUCCACUUGGAGCACAGAGGCCCAGUGUCCAUGAAGGGCAAGAAAGAGCCAAUGCAAGUGUGGUUUCUAUCCAGAAAAAAUACAGGAACAGAGGAAACGAAGCAGGAUGAGAGCUGAAUCUCUGAGCCUGCAGAUUCGGCUCCAGUCAUCUCCUAACACGUCAAACCCACAAGCAAGUCUUCCCGAAGAAUACAGAUGCUUCUUUCUCCCCUUCAGUUAUCUCAAGCCUUCCUCCUGGGUAUAUCUCUCAUUAUUAUUCCACUUCAGUUCUGCUGUUGAGUAUUUUUAAGGUGUUUGUAUAUUAUCUAGUUUGGCUUAUGAUGUGGACGAUGUCAAUUUCAUAUGUCUUAAAAUCUACUACAAGCAUUACCUACGUGGUGAUCCACUAGUAGUAGGCACCCAAUAAAUAUUUGUUGAAUUUAAUUAAGUGAAGCUAAACAGUAUUUGACCAUCUGUGUGUAUAUAUAUAUCAUGGUUUGCAAAAUCUGUUUAGUAUGCCAUAUAUAUAAAUAUGUAUAUUUUAAUGACUAUAUGACAGUGUUUAUAUCAUGUUGGUGUAUAUCAUCAUAGAAAUCAUUUUCUAAAGGAGUGAUCUCUACGUUUUAGGAAAAAUUCAAUUUAUUUUCUAACUCCCAAAGUAAGAGGUAAUAUACCAUGCUAAGAAAAUAGUGCAUAUUUUGAUGUAUGCUAAUUUCCCACUGGGAAUAGAGAAUACACAUUCAAUUACUAAAGCAUUUGGUUGCUCAUUCAAAUCAUGUGGCAAUUAUAGUUCCUCUAAAAUGUUAUCCUAUGUGUUGUAUCCCUUGCUUUAAAACUCAUUUGCCACAUGCAGCUGUUAUAGAAAGCUCAAUGAUUUCAUACUGAGUAUUUCACUAGCUUGGGCUAAAUGUUAGGGGCUCUCACCACAUCCAGGAAUAAAGCUGGAGAAAUACUACUGGGGUCCUCCUGCUAACCAGAGCCACCCUUAACCUUUUAUUCCCAGAAAUGAGAUUCCUUUUACUAGCUUUGAAUAAUGUGAUUACAUCCAGGGCAUCAUAUUCAGAAAAGUUAGUGUAAUUUCAACGUUAAAUGCAUUCUUUGUGGAAAAAUUGGCCUGUUGUUCUUGAAUUUCUCUGAUAAGUUAUUAAUAUCAAUCUUUAUAAAAUAUAGUACAAUGACUUUUGUGUCAAAAUGUUUGUCUUAAAUUUAGUAUUUCAUAUCAGCACCUAAAUAUAUGUAUAAAUGUUCCAUGUUAAAGUGUAAA